CAAAAAAAAACAGAAUAUGACCCAAGCCGUUAUGUUUGCUGCAUACAAACCGGUCUUAUAAUAGCAAAACCGGGACCAGGGCAAUACUUCUGUCAAGAUAAUGGCGUAUAUAAUUCAUAUCUAAUGCAACUGAUACGUCUAAAGAAUGGCUCUAACGUUGUUAUCCAGAAAGACAUCAAAUUAUGUGGGAGUGCUUUUAUCACAACGCGAAGUCCAUUUUAUGACACCUACUGCUGUGACGGUGUUAUACAUCAAUUGGAAAAGAGCAAAUGGAACACAAUGGAAUGUUGUGGGACAAAGAUGUAUAACUACACAAGCCAAACAUGCUGCAACAAAGUCAUUCUUAACGGUGAUCAGGGAUGUUGUCAAGGACAUACACCUUACAUUCUGAAGGCCGAAGAAUGUUGUGAAAACAAGGUCAUCAACAGAUCCAAGGAGCUGUGUUGCAAAAACAGUAUUGUGACGAAGACGCAUCCUUCCUACUACGGAUGUUGCAACAUUAAUCAUGCAUGGACAACCUACAAUGAGUUUGAUCCUCCUAAAGAGUGUCUUUUGACCCAUAUAAGAAAAACAUUGCGUAACAAUCCGACAAAAACAGGAAGUAGUUCGGAAGGGAAUCAAAACACAGAAAGUAAAACUACAGAGAGAAGCCCAUUAGAAGAAUGUCCGUUCACAGAAUGUUUUGAUAGGGAACAGAAACAACGUUCAACUUGCAAAAAGUUUUUUGAGCUGGACCUUUAUCUUGACGACGUAAAUUUUACGGAUGAUGGAUCAAAUCUUAACGUAACAAUUAUCCAGCCGGAUGAAUUUGUCAACAAGAAAGUCACAAUAGUGUUGCUAUACAUAUGUCCAUGUCUCGACAGUGGCAAUGUGUACACGUUAUUUACAAACAAGGGAUGGGUAAGAAAAUUGACAAUAGACGGAAACCUUGAAUUCACAAAAUUUCAAACAAUAAAGAAAAACGAUUUUCUAGUAAGAAGAGGAAGUGGGGAGGACAAAUUUAAAUGCACAAUUAGGCGAAAAUAUUCUGCUUUCUACAAUUCGUGGAGAGCUUCACCAGUUCGUUGAAAGUAAUAUAGUCGAAAACAUUGAUGCUUUAACGGUGGAAGAGAAUAUAUUGUUAUGUAGAGGAGCCACAUAAAUUAAAUCUAACAAUGGAACGUCGUUAGAGGAACAAACACAUAUUGAAAGAUAUUUAAAUGAACACAGUACGGCAAUAAAAGGUCGUCCACCGAUUCGGGAAAUGAUGGUUAUUUGCUUACAACUUCAAAGGAACUGGAUAUAAACGU